CUCAGGAAACCCCCCAAUAUUAAAUUCAGUCCCCAUCAUGUAGUCGUGAAAGAAGUUGUCAGUGAAUUUGCCAGAAAGCAUGAAAAAUAGAAGAGCACACAGUUAUACACAAAUACAGGUAAUUACUGUUCUGACCACACAUUCCAGAUUAAUUUGGUGCAGUGGUAAUAAAAAUCAUAAACCCACGUAACGCUGUGCAAGAGAACACAGAUUGACCAAGUGAAGUCAGACAUUAACAGAGAUAAAUUCAAGAAGGUCAACAGUGCACUGUUUUACUCCUGCUAACACUUGUGGACAGUCUGACUCUGACUUCAUUUACAGGACGGACGUACCUGUGCCCCUGGGGCUGCCAGUGCCAUGGUGGGCAGCAGGAACCACAGAGGAUGGUACCAGUGAGGCAAAGAGCCACAGCCAGAUAUUGGCUUCUGUAUCUGGGUCAGCAGAAUGGAUUCUGUCUUUCCAUUUGCAUGACCCAUUGCAGCUCAACAAUUUCAGUGUCUGAUUGCCCAGGAUUCUCUCACACUAAACUUCAGAGAGCAGCCUUUGGCACUGGUAGGCAAAAGUAGCCUUUAAUCCUUGCAAACAUGGAAACUGCACAUCCCAGGAUAUUGGCACAGCACAGCAGAGGAGUCCAGUUGUCAGAAAUGAUAGCAGGGGAGAAGUGGAAGGAGAAAGCAUUUGCACACCAAAGCACAGGGGUAAUGAUCAAGGCCUGAAGUCCAGUGAAUUCAUAUUUAUUCUCUACACUGAAACUAGGAAGAAAAAAAUUGAGUUUUAAGUGACACUACGUUAAUUCAGUUUUUGAUCAAUAUAUAGCAAAUCAAUCAAGUGCUCAUGAAGUGACCUCACUCCCCUCAUCCUCCCAAUUAAACACCUUUUUUUUGGCUGAAUCUUCAUAUUUUGGCUGAAUCUUAACAUUUUGCAGUUAGGGUAGGGGUUCAUCUUGCUAUUUCUGAGGGGCUUUUUACGUGAAUCUUGUUAGUGGUUUGGGCUUUUCUGGGCUGAAUCUUGGUGUUUUGGAGCUUUUUAUGAUCACAGGAUGCCCGGUAAGUUCUAGAGAUGGACUUGGGCAGGAGGAACCCCCAAGCCAAUGUGCUCAGCCCUUGUUUUCCCCCCCAUCAGGAUUUCUCCUUCCCAAAGCUUGGCCAGAUGAAGGAGGCUGCGAGGAAGAGGAAGAUGCCGCGGGCCCCCCAGGCAGGCCCCGAGCUGAGGACGGAGAGCCCGGAGGACAAAUCCCCCCGGCAGAGCCUGGUGGGAGAGGCCAUUUUGAAGGGCUCCACAGCGCAGGAAGGCAGCGGGGAGGAAAAGGGCCAGAGAUCCCCCAGUGGGAGGGGCUGCAAAGCCAGCCCAGGGUGCUCUGAGGAGGAAAGAGCCAGCCUGUGCCGGGAAGGCCACCGGAGCCUGAGCCAGACCUCUGACCUGGUGGUCCCUGAGCAGCCUCCCAGCAGGGACAAGCCCUUCAGGUGCUUGGAAUGUGGGAAGAGCUUCAGGAAGAGCUCCACCCUCCUCACCCACCAGCGCAUCCACACCAGGGAACGGCCCUACACAUGUAGGGAAUGUGGGAAGAGGUUCAGGAACAACUCCAACCAGAUCCAACACCAGCUCAUCCACACUGGGGAACGGCCCUACUCGUGUGGGGAAUGUGGAAAGAGCUUCAGGCAGAUCUCCCACCUUCUCAAGCACCAGCACAUCCACACUGGAGAACGGCCCUACAAGUGCUUGGAGUGUGGGAAGAUGUUUCAGACCAGCUCAGAUCUCCUCCUGCACCACCGGACACACACGGAUGAGAGGCCCUUCCGCUGCACCGACUGUGGGAAGGGCUUCAGCCAGAACUCCCACCUCAUCAGGCACCGUCGCAUCCACACCGGGGAGAGGCCCUACAAGUGUGGGGAGUGUGGGAAGAGCUUCACCCAGAGCGGUAACUUGACCACACACCAACGGACCCACCGGUAAGGGAAGCCCUCGAGUGCCCUGACUGCAGGAAAAGCUUCAGUUGCUCUUCUACCCCGAAUGAACCCCCUGAUGGGGAGGCAACCCCUGGAGUCCAGUGACUGUCAGUCCAUCCCUUUCUACCACAAAGGGCCAGUCUCCUUUCCCAGGGGCAGCUUCUUCCAACAGGACCCUUCCUGGAGAGGUGUGUGGAUAUUCCUGCCUUGGCUGGGGACCCCCCAAGGUCACUCCUGGAGGUUGAGAGCAGAGAUCUCUCCCCGAGCGUUGGUCUGGGGGAGUUCCAUCCAUCUCUAAUUAAGAAUUAUUGCUUUUGUGCCAACUUUAGUAGAAUUGCUUCAACAAUUGCUUUAGUGUAGAUAUUUUAGUGUCUUAUCCUGUACUCCUGGUACUUUUAGUGUGUAUAUUGUGCAUAAUUCUGCUGAAGACCUUUUGUCUGAUCAUUUGUAACCCUAAAUAAUUCAUUUCUAUCAAUAGAUCUGAUUUGCCAUCAUUAAAACCUGGGGGACAAAA